CAACUUUCCUUUGCGACCGCCACCCUUCAUCUUCAUGUUCAAAUUACAACGCCUCGAUAUCCGUCAUUACACGACGAGUUGAGUGCUACAUCUAUUCGUCACACGUCUGGUCCUGCUUUCGACCUGUACGUCUUCUCUCAUCGGCCCAAAAAUACGACAGGGCGCGUGUUCGCGCGAUCCGAUAUUCCACUUCAGUGCAGCUAACGCAACGAGCCUUAUCUUGUCUGUCACGCUACCUACUCUUCAUUCUGUGUCCGAUACAGGCGGAGCGAUCUUUCUUCUCGUCACGCAGUCUAUUUCGCGACCAUGUCUGGCUUCGGUGGUUUCGGCGGCUUCGGCGCGAACAGUCAGCAGCAGAACACCGGCUUUGGCGGAUUUGGACAGAACAACAAUAAUAACAGUACUGGCUUCGGAGCGUCUGCGAACAUUGGUUUCGGUGCAAACAACAACAACAACAAUAACAACAACAACACUGGCGCCUUCGGAUCUACUGGUGGAGGCUUUGGUGGUAAUACUGGAGGUUUUGGCAACAAUAACAAUACUUCUUCCGGGUUUGGUGCGAAUAAACCAACUUUUGGCGGGACAGGGCUUUUUGGAGGUAACAACAAUGCUGCUACUUCGACAGGCUUCGGCGCCUUCGGCCAGAACAACAACCAAACAUCUGGCGGUUUUGGUAGCACAGGCACCAGUGGUGGUGUCUUUGGAACUGCGAAACCUACCUUUGGAAGUGGAACUCCAACGGGAGGAGGACUCUUUGGGAGUGCAAACACAGGGUUUGGAAGCAAUAACAACACGUUCGGCGGUGGGUCCACUGGCUUUGGUGCAAAUACUACCCAGAACAAUGGGACAGAUGCUGUGCCAUUCCAGCCUGUGAAUGAAAAGGAUGGACAAGCUCCCGGCGCUGCCUCCGUGUCCUAUCAAAGCAUAUCCACCAUGGAUCAAUACAAGAACUUCUCGCAGGAGGAGCUGAGACUAGUGGACUACAAUAAGGGCAAGAGAUAUGGGACUACAAAUGGACAAGGUGGUACGUUCGGCCAAAGCAGUGGUUUUGGUGGCUUCGGAGGUACCACUAACACCGCUGCCACCGGAGGAUUUGGUACAAACACAACCGGUGGAGGGCUAUUCGGGAACAACAACAAUAACAAUAAUCAGCAGCCUCAGCAGCCUGCUGGCUUUGGGCAAGCAAAUAACACGUCCACGUUCGGCAAUACCCCAGCAGGUGGGCUCUUCGGUCAGAACAAACCAGCUAGUUCAGGUCUCUUUGGAGGCGCGGCAACUUCUGGAACAGCUGGAGGUGGACUGUUCGGAUCAAGCAGUGGCAACACUGGAUUUGGAGUGAGUAAUGGUGCCACUGGCGCCUUCGGAAGCGUUCCACCAACUGGAGGGCUCUUCGGCGCCAACAACAACAACAAUCAGGCUCAAAAUAAACCUGCAUUUGGAGGAUUUGGAGCUAGUACAGGAACGGGUACAUUUGGCUCCAACACAAACAACACUACUGGUUUUGGACAAAGCACUUCUACCUCAACAGGCAGUGGUCUCUUCGGACAGCAACAAAAUACCAAUACUGGUUUCGGAGCAAAUAACCAACAACAGAAUACAAAUUCUGCAUUCGGAAGUAGCUUUGGUCAGAACAAUCAGCAGCAAAGUGCUCAACAGCCUUCUGGAGGUCUAUUUGGAGGCGGUGGUACUUUUGGUCAGACAAACAACAAUAAUCCACCGAAGCCAGGUCUUUUUGGUGCCCAAACGAGCGCAGCGACUGGAAGUAGUCUAUUUGGUCAGAAUAGUCAACAACAGAAUACUGGUGGUGGUUUAUUCGGUGCUACUAACAACCAAAAUCAACCUGCAAACGGUGGUCUGUUUGGCCAAAAGCCCACAGGUACUACUGGUCUCUUUGGUUCGCAGCCGGCAGCGACCAAUACUAAUAAUGGACUGUUCGGUGGCCUGAGCAAUCAAAAUCAGCAAAACCAGGCAACGGGCUUGUUCGGCCAGCAGAAUCAAAACCAAGGCAAAUUGUCAUUAUUUGGCGGAACCAACUCGACCGGUGGUAAUGGUCUCUUUGGGAGCCAGAAUCAAGCUCAACAGCAAAAUACAGGGUCGAAUGGAGGUCUUUUUGGAGGUUCUCAGCAUCAGCAGCAGCCCCAGCCUCAAAUGAACCACAGCUUGUUUGGCUCCCAGAACACGCAAAAUCGGCCUCAAGGCUUGGUGGCUAGCCUCGACAACUUGCCCUAUGGCAACGAGCAGCUCUUUGCACAUCUCGAGAAUCCAUCUCAGAGUGUUGGCCCAAUUGCGACCCCCCUCAAAGGCAACCACAUGGCCAAAAAAAAUGCCAUUCUACCGCAACACAAGUUGAACCCGGCUGCUUCAACUCGUCUCAUCACCCCUCAAAAGCGUCCGCCCACUGGUUUCGGUUUCUCUUACUCAACCUAUGGUACCCCUGGCAGUGCUGCCAGUAAUGCUAGUCCCGGUAGCUUUGCUUCCAACUUGCUGAACGGCUCCAGCUUUAGUAGGUCUUUGGGCAAGAGCUUUUCCACUAGCAACCUUAGAGGUUCCUUCACACCGGAUGACAGCAUCCUCUCCCCUGGAGCGUUCACUGCGAGCCCGCGCGGUUAUGCUUCAGGUAGCCUGAAACGGCUCCACAUCAAUCGCAACGUGAACGGCUCUCACCAUCUAUUCACGCCGGCUGAAGUCAACAAUGGUAUCGCACCAAGCCCACUCAAGAACACUAAAAACGUAAAGAGUGUGACUUUUGCUACGAGCGCUGGAACUGAAACUUCAGAAAUAGGUGACAGUCAAGCUUUAGUGCGCACUACCGCCGAAGAUAGUGCUACAAAGCCUAAUGGAGCUGUCCAUGGCUUUAGCCAUGCCGAAGGAGAUUCUAUCAAUGGCAAGGCUUUAGCAAGCGUACCCGAGAACAUGUCGUCAUCCGCACAGUCUGCUAAACCAAAUCCCCUGGAAUCAAUGAAAGACAAAGAGCCCGCAGAAUACUUUACGAUACCGUCUAUAGCUGAGUUGCGAAAGAUGAGCCGUGACCAGCUGAAGCACGUGAAAGAUUUUACGGUAGGUCGAGUGAACACGGGCAAGGUCAUCUUCAGUGAAGCUGAUCUUUCUUCAACACCAUUGGACAAGAUCACUGGCGGUAUUGUUGAGAUUGAAGUCCGAUCUGCCUCUGUGUAUUCUGGGGACGGUCCGGUUAAAAAGCCCCCGCGCGGCAUGGGGAUGAAUGUCCCUUCCACUAUUGUGCUUGAGAAUUCUUGGCCUCGUGCUAAAGCUGGGAGGUUACCAGUUCAUGAGAACAAAGGUCCCCGUUUCGAGAAGCAUGUGUCUAGACUGAAGCGCGUUCCUGAUACCCAAUUUGUCAACUAUGACAUGAAAACAGGUAUAUGGACUUUUAGAGUCGACCACUUCACGAAAUACGGCAUGGAUUUUGAAGGAGACGACAGCAACGUGGAGGAUGAUUUGGAAUCGAGCAUGCUAAGCGCUCCUCCAGACACCCCAACGCCAAAAACUCGCACGCCUGUUAGGACUCCCUUGUCCACAAUCACAGCGGACGACCUGAGUGGUUUCAGCGAUGUAGACUCCGAGCUUGACGACACAUUUGAAUUUCAGCGACGAAGAAAGACUAGCGUUCCCGGCGGGUUCGAAGAUGAACCUAUGGUGGACCACAACGCUGACGAUCAUGACGAUACUCUCAACAGCACUCGGUCUUUUUUAGAUGAGCGCUCCAUGGGUUCUUUCCCUGAAAAUGGUCCAGAUGGGGACACAUUCGACGUGAGGGAAUCGGUGUUGGACAAGGAUCAAGAAAUGGCAGGAUCCUUUCCCGUACCUGCACCCACCAUGGAGCAUCUUACAGCUGCUGCAAUGACCACGAAAUGCUUGGGUCCGCCAAAGUCGAUCCUCAAGACAAGUCGCACAGGUCGAUCUCUGGUAGGCACACCGAGUAAGAAGUUAGUAGACUUUCAAGAUAAUUGGACUACCCAGCUCCAACUUACCGUCAGCCCCACGAAGCGCGAUCGACAAGCUUUGAGAGAGUCCCAAGGCACCGUUCUCCAGCAGAAACAAUUAAGCUUCCACGAACCGAAAAAACUGAGUGACGAGGAUAAACCAUUCCGCACCAGUAUGGAUAUAAUGAAUUCCCUUUAUGGACGCGACGAGAAGCCACUUAUUAAUUCUCAACCGAAAAUAAAUGUAGAUGGACUCUGCUCAAAGAUCCCCUUCACAAAGAAGCCCAAAGUCACAGAUGCGAGUCAAUUGACCGGAAAUGACAAAGCCUUUCACGAGUGCAAUAAGCCACAUUGGAGCCCCGACGGUACCUUAGUUUACGCCAUUAACGCAAACGCCCCAACCUUAGACGAGGGCAUGGUUGUGAACGUAAAUCAACCUUUGGUAGGCGAGCAAAAAGACAUUCGGUACGCGCAAGUAGCAGUACCAAAAAAUGCUGUCCCAGACACCAUGGUGUACUUAAAGAACUUCUUCCAAAUCCGCAAAGAUGACGAUAACAUUCCAUACAUACAGCACAGCGUCCCCUUCAGUUUCGCUGAUUUUGCUGCUCGAGUCGAUACCUCGACAAGCGAUGGAGCCUACGAACAGAAAGUCUGGCACCUGGCUAGCAUUCUGUUUGACAAGCCAAACUUAGAAACAGCUGAAGCAAUGCCCCAGUCUCGGUCUGCAGCAUAUGAGACCCUUUUUCGAAAAGAUCGCCUGUCCGAAUUCUGGCAGUCCAUCGUACAAGUCGACGCUGAUAGUCAUGCGGAGAGGACAAAUGUCUCGGAGACAAAAGCUCUUCAACAAUUGUCUGCGCAUAACAUCUCGGAUGCGUGUAUUUCACUUCUCGAAGGGCGCAAUUUACAUCUUGCUACAAUGGUAGCUCAGAUUGGCGGCUCCGAAUCAAUGCGGCGUGAGAUUGGUAGUCAGCUUGAAGAGUGGAGGACUCUUAAUGUACUAUCUGAGAUGACAGACACAAUUCGUGCAAUUUACGAACUCUUAGCAGGUAACUGCUCUACUUCUGAUGGCAAAAGCGGCUCUGGGCCGGAAAACAAAGCGACCACUUUCAGGAUUAGCUCACGCUUCAAAAUGGACUGGCGUCGCGCCUUUGGCCUUCGUCUUUGGUAUGGCACUUUACCAUCAGAAGAUAUUGCGAUGGCUGUGGCACAGUACGAAAGCGACUUACGAGAGGGCCGAGAAUAUGUGAAGCCAGUGCCAUGGUUUGCUGAGGAGCAGCAAACCAACAGGUCCAGCGGCUGCGCUGCCGAUCAUAUUGAAGAUCUGCUAUGGGGUUUGCUCAAAUUGUACGCUGUACAGUUCAAGGACAUCCCAAUCAAUGUUGAAGAGAUCCUGGCACCGGCUAAUGCCUCGGGGAACCCUCUGGAUGCCCGCCUGAGCUGGCAGCUCAUUACACUACUACGUACUCGCAAGGAAAUCAAGCUUCCAGUGCAACAAAAACGAGCGAAACUGGACGCAAGCAUGGUGUCCUCUACCUCUUCAAUGCAGAGCGUCAGCAUUGGAAGCGACCCUCAUGGCGCUGUUGCCAUAUCUGACGACUUGACCCUGACAUAUGGAGCCAUGCUCGAAGAUACUCAAGCCUGGAAGACUUCCAUAUUUGUUUACUUGCAUCUCUCCAGUGCUAGCCUCCGCGAAUCAAACAUAAGGAGAGUUCUCACAUUGAAGUCUGGCGAUUUCGAGAUCCUGCCGACGACGCCCGACCCCUCACCAGCACAUGAACGACUGAAGUCUGAUUGCGAACUGCUGAUCACUACUCUGCAACUUCCAUUGCAUUGGCUACACUCCGCCAAGGCUCUUUAUGCACGUGCGGUCUUACAGGAUCCUACCCUAGAGAUUCAACACCUUUUGGCUGCCGCAGACUACUUUGCUGCACAUGACGUACUAUGCACUGUGGUCGCACCCUCUGCCAUAAUUUCGCGAGACUAUGUCAUCCUUCGCCAACUUCUUGGCGCAUUCGAGCGUCCGCAGAGUCACAGGAAGCCGACAUGUGGCAAGGAUGCUGUUUCAGGAGGAACUGGCAAUACCAUGCGUUACUGGAGCCAAGGUGGGCAGAUAUACCUCGACUUCAUCUAUCUGAUGGACACCGGGCGUGGAGCUAUUACACGUGGGACAGUCUUGAAAGAAGAGCGUGGUAUGGUGCUGAAACGCCUGGUCGCCGCACUAUCUGAAAUGACCAAGACCCUGGAGGACGGCAAACUGGGGCUACAAGAGCGGGCGGCGGUCUGGGAGAUGGCACGAAUCACAGCCGGCUGGGUACAAAGUGAAGACGCCAUUAGCAAGAGCGAGAUCGUGAAGUUGCCGCUUAUGGAAGAUGGCUGGCUAAGGUGUGCACGCGAAAGGGGAGUGGAAUAUUUUCGGGGAGUACUCGCCUAUGCUCGUUGAGUGUAGAGCUACCACCAAAGAGGAAUACGUACCUUAUGCUCUACUUCGCUAUAUUCAGAUUUGCUCGGCCGACAUGGUGCAAAAGGUUGAGAAAGUGUUGUACAAUGAUAUGCAAACUUGGCGAAUGCAUAUAAGACGGAAAAGUCGUAUAAGUAGAGCUGUAAUACUAGAUAGUGCAUCUAAGAUGAAAAUGUUACCAACCCUAUCAUACAUGGUUUUGGGGCGUGGACAGAGUAGUUUCCCACUUAGACCGGACUCCUCUGGAAUCAGCGUCUUUGUUCGUCCAUCUCCCAACCUCCUAAGGUUUGUAAAAGUCAUGGCUUGUUCCGAGUCUC